GAUGCAAAAAAAAAAAAAAAAAAACUGAAGCACGCAUAUUAUUUUCAAAAGCAUUUUCGCGCGGAAUGGUUUGCCUAGGCCUUGAACACCGCACAGUGAUUUUACAAUAACAGUUUAUCAGUCCGGCAGAGGAAACAAAAUAUGAAAUAACACUAAUUAUAAUGGACAUCGCGAAACAAUAAUUUUAGAAAGUUAUAUUUGUGAACAGGAAUCAGAGAUGGCAUCCUCCAAAAAUAAAAGUUUCCUCAAGAAAAAGCGCUACUCUGAGCCUGAUGUGGUUGUCAGCAGCCUGAGGAAGGAGAAUGCCUAUCUGAAGAAGACCCUGGUUGACUUGUCUCGCCAGCAUUCAGAACAUUACAAGCUACUGGAGAAGUUCCUCUCUCUUGAAACUGUGAGGCUGGAGAAAGAUGAGAAGACCGCUUUGCCAUUAGAGCAGCUCAGUAAGAAAGGAGGGAACCUGGCUGGCGUAGCAUCAAUGAAGACAAUAUCCGCUACCGCCAGAGAGGUGGAAGAAAUCAAGAACAAGAUUGUGAGCGUCUCAACUAGGUGUCAAUGUCUUGAGAACAAAGUUACAGGGAAGAAGGCCUCCAAGACGGAUGAACAGGCUUCCAUCGCCAGCAUAACAGAGCUCCAAAAUCACCUCACAGAUGCCUUGGAGAAGAACAAGCAGUGGCUGGAAUAUGACCAGCAGAGAGAGGCCUAUGUGAGGGCUAUUAUAGCCAGAAUGUUAUGGCUGGAGAAGCAGCUGAACGAAGCCAAUCAGGCCCGCUCAAAGCAGCACAAUGAAGAGCAUUCAGAUGAGAAGGAGCUAAUACGCCAGAUGCAGGAGCACUAUGAAAGACUCUUACAGAAAGCCAAAGAUGAGCUGCACCUGCUCAGGGAGAAGGCCAGCAGCACCCACCAGAACGUGAUAACAUUGCAAAACUGGCACAGGGAAAGGGAAACGGAGAUGGAGGAGCUCAAGCAGCAGCUGCAUUCUGCAAAAAUGAGCAGUAAAAAUGAACCGGAAGAUCUUCAUUGGUCUGAGGAUGAAGAGCAACGGCUAAGAGAUGAGAGCAAACACCUCCAGGGCAGACUGGAUGCAGAGAAGCGCAGGUCAGCUAACUUUGAGCUGCAGGCAAAUCUCUUUCAGAAGUAUAUGUUAAAUCGUCAUCAUGCAGACCAAGAAAAGAUGGCAGAUCUGGAGCGACAGAUCAACAUUUCUUCACAAGACCUUAAGGAUGAGAGGCAGGAUUGUUCGUAUUUAAAGAAGCAAAUGGUGAGAGUCCUGAAGACACUGAAAAAAGCUGAAGGCCAUGUGACAAAACAGUCAAAGAGAGACCAGCAAGAUUGCAACUCGUGUGAAGUGACACACCCUCCCUCCCAGAGCCCGAUAUCCUCCACUCAGGGCAGCUUGCUGAAUGAAAGUUACCUGGAGUGUCCCGGCUGCCGCGCAGAGUAUCCUGCCAGUCACUACCGAGAACUGAUUAACCACCUGGAAAUCUGUCUCGACUGAGCUGGGUCUCGAACUUCAUUUAGUUCACUAUCUUGAUUGAUUUCAAUCCAUAUUGUUUAACCAGAGGUACAAGUUAUCUUAAUAAACUACAAUGUUCAGUU